AUGCAGUCACCCCUGCUCGUGUUCCUGCUGGCCUUUUUCCUACUCUCUGGGGCGGAGGCAGGGGAGAUCAUCGGGGGACAUGAAGCCAAGCCUCACUCCUUGCCCUACAUGGCCUACCUUCACAUUAAAGGUGAAGAAGAAUCCAGGUGUGGUGGUGUCCUUGUGGGAGACAAUUUUGUCCUGACAGCUGCUCACUGCAAUGGAAGGUCAAUCAGUGUCACCCUGGGGGCCCACAACAUCACAAAGCAGGAGAAGACACAAGAGGUCAUCCUGGUGAAAAGAGCCAUCCCGCACCCAAACUAUAAGGAGAGGAGAAGCUCCUCUGACAUCAUGUUACUGCAGCUGGAGAGAAAUGUCAAGCAAACUUAUGCUGUGAAGCCCCUCCAACUGCCCAGCGGAGAGGACCUGCCAAGAACAGGAGAUAACUGCAUUGUGGCCGGCUGGGGGCAGGUCACAACUCAGGGUCCUUACUCAGACACUCUGCAGGAGGUAGAGCUGACCCUGCAGAAGUAUGUGAAGUGUAAAACGUGCUUUAACUAUUACAACAACAACAUUGAACUGUGUGUGGGGAACCCAAGAGAAAAUAAGGCUUCCUUUAAGGGGGAUUCUGGGGGACCGCUCCUGUGUAAAAAUGAGAUCCAGGGCAUUGCCUCCUAUGGAAGCAAGGAUGGGAAACCACCGGUAGUCUACACCAAAGUCGCCAGUUUCCUUCCCUGGAUAAGAGAAACCAUGAAAGGCCUCCAGAUGCAGGACCCAGAUGAUCUUCUCUGGAACUAA